UGAUGUCCAUGUCCUUCCUGAUGUCUUCGCGAUGUCCUUCGCGAUGUUCGUAAUCUCCUUAUUACUUCGCGGUUGUGUUGAUAGAAAAUUAAAAUAUCAAAACACAGUGUUUGUUAAAGUUGAUUAAUUUAAGGAACGCAUAAUUCAGUGAAAAUGGCAGCGAAUAAAAGUACUCGAGAGGAACUCUUGUCUUUGAUAGACGAUAUCGAAUUAAUUGCAAAAGAAAUGAUAGAAAAUACUUUAGCCCAGAAAAACGCAAAGAUGUCGAGUGCCGAGCACGCUCAGUUGACCGAAUUAUUAGUUGCCAAAGACAAAGAAUUGAAGGAAACAUUGAAGAAGGCGUCAGAGCAGGCAAAAAUAAAUUUAAAAAUGGAAGCAGUGAAGGCUGAAGUCGAGAGACAGGAUCAGGAAAUUCAACAACUGCAACGUCAGCUCAAAGAUGCCGAGCAAAUAUUAGCCACUGCCAUUUAUCAAGCGAAACAAAAAUUGCAGUCAAUUUCUAGAGCGAAUAAACGUCCCGUAUCUUCCGAAGAAUUAAUUAAAUUCGCUCACAGAAUCAGCGCUUCUAAUGCCGUUUGCGCUCCUCUAACUUGGCAACAAGGAGAUCCUCGCAGACCUUAUCCAACUGAUAUCGAAAUGAGAUUAGGAUACUUAGGACGGUUGGGCGACCUUCCGAUGAAUGGACAAUUAAUGGGUUCGCAUCCAGGCAUUUCUGCCGAUUUACAUAGACAAGGACACCCUGCAGAACCUCCAGUCUCGCAAGCAAAUCAAUUCGCAUGGCAUCCUUCGGGCGAAAUCCACAUGACAAUGGGCGGCCAAGGAAGUGUCGCUAUGAACACCGUCAAACAAGAAACUGAAGACGUGGAAGUUAUGUCCACGGAUUCUUCAAGUAGCUCUUCCAGUGAUUCUCAGUGAAAAGAUAACAGUAUUUUUAUCACCAGAUCCCGGAGAUUAUGUUCCUUUCUAGUUUUACAUUAAAAUAUAUUUAUACUUCGUAUGUAGUAAAUUAUCUUCAAUCGAUUUUACAACGCUUUUAAGAAUAUACAACUUAAUUUUUCAG